AUGCAUUCAUCAAUCAUUCUCCUCUCUGCCUUCCUUUCUGCUGUCAUGGCUUCCCCACAAUCAACCACCCCCGUUGCCUUGGGAGGAACUUGCACCUCGAGCUCCCAAUGGGCCAAUGGUGCUUCCUGCUAUGCAGUAAACUCCAUGGCAGUAACCCUCUGCGGCAACUUCAGCGCAACAUGUUCUUCGGAUUCCCAAUGCGCUUUUAAUACCUGCGUGUCUGGGAGUUGCGAAGGGGUUCUAUCGUCUUCUUCAGCUACAUUAACCACUAUUCCAACCACUACUUCAUCGAUUCCAUCAUCCACAGCUACAUCCACAACGAUUCCUUUGGGAGCAAGUUGCACGACAUCAGCUCAAUGCGCAAACGGUGCUUCUUGCUACGCUGUAAAUUCCAUGGAAGUUACUCUUUGUGGUAAUCAAGGCGCGACUUGUACUUCUGAUUCUCAAUGCGCGUUCAGUGCUUGUGUCUCUGGAUCUUGUAAUGGGGUUCUUUCAUCCACGUCAACCUCGUCUUUCGCUUCCUCUUUUGGCAAAACUUCCUCAACAAUAAUGCCCACCACGUCCAAGGCUUCUGGUUCACGCUCGAAUGUCACCGUCACUUCAACUUCCACUGGUGUUCCGGCUGGGUUCACGACUUCGGUUACGGUUAUUAAUGGAGUCACGAGUAGUGUGUUGGUUAACUCUGUGGGGGCUACAACUUCUUUUGGGGCGGUUGCUACCUCCAUCUCUGUCUCUACUCAAGCAAGUGGUGCAGGGAGGCUGGUUGCUGACUUUAGUGGGGUUUUGGCUGUUGUUGGAGGAUUCGCGAUGCUGCUGUAGGAUAGUGGUGCAAUGAAAGAAUG